AUGGCAUCUCUCCGGCUCACAGUUCUGGGGGCUUGCUGUUUUUCAAGCGCAGCUGCGUCGGUUGUCUCGGCGAGAGAGGCCGUCGUGGAGCUGCCUCCCCUCGGCGGUGAUGGGGUAGGGUAUUCCGUGAAGUGGUUCGAAGAGGACAACCCCGCAAUCUUCGAUCAGGCGACGGCCUCGCUGCAAUCUAGGCUAGUUUUGUCGGACCUCUCUCCCGGAACAGAGUACGUGGCGGUGGUGAGAAGAACAGCGACAGCGGCAGCAGCAGCGCCAGCGGGGGAGGCGGGCGACAACGCCGCGAGGGAACUCCGCUUCUCCACACCAGAGGCCGAGGGAAACGCCUCCGGUGAGAUGAUGGAACUCUCCCGUCUGGAAAUAAGGGUGGGGCGUUGCCUGGAGUGCUCCAAGCACCCUGACGCGGACUCUCUGUACGUCGAGACGGUCGACUUCGGAGAGGGAGAGCCAAGGUGUCUGGGGCCUGUUGACAAGACGAUCGUGUCCCGGCUUGUGGCGUAUGUUCCGGAAAACGAGAUGCGGGGGAGGAUGGUGGUGGGGCUUUGCAACCUCCCCUCCCGGGCCAUGCGCGGCGUGACGUCAUCCGGGAUGCUGCUGUGCGCCAGCAACGACGAUCAUUCGAGCGUGGACCCCCUGUCGCCCCCAGAGGGAGCCAAGAUCGGGGAGCUCAUCACCUUCGAAAGCGUUCUUUCUGCCCCCGCUCCUCCAAGCAGCGGCGCCUCUAGGGCUUGGUCGGCGACAAUGGAGGGCAUGAAGACUGCGGAGGCGACGGCGGACGGUGUUGGUGUCGCGGGCUGGGACGGUCGCCCCAUGCUAACGUCGGCGGGGGCUUGCACGUCCUCUAUUGCCGCGGGGCGCGUGCGAUGAUGAUCGUGAUACUGCUGGCGUGCGUGAUAGUUUUUCUUUGGGCUUACCGUUGUUUUGUUUUGUUGUGUGUGUGUGUGCUUCUUCUUUUUUUCACCGGUGGAAGGAAAACGGCGGAGCCCGUUUUUUGUUGCGCUUCUGUUGUCUUUGCCGUGGACGAUUUGCUCUUGCAGGUGGGGUAAUUUGAGUUUUAAGUAUGUAUGGGACUACGC